CCUUCUUCUUCUCCUCUGUGCUAACUGCCGAGAACCUACAGUUGAUCCGUCGCUAUAUCUCUCUCUAUAACCACCUCCGGCAAAUCGGACGAACUACGGGCAGAAGAAGAGAAGAAGAUUAACAAGUACAAGCUUCUCAUUUCUCGAUUUACCAAUCGGAGAUCUCUACGGUAAAUUCGUCUGUAGAUAGAAGAGAAGAGAAGAGAAGAGAGCAAAUAUGAAUAUAUUUCGAUUAGCCGGUGAUAUGACUCAUCUUGCCAGUGUUCUCGUCUUACUUCUCAAGAUCCAUACCAUCAAAUCAUGUGCUGGCAUUUCCCUAAAGACACAAGAGCUUUACACCAUUGUCUUUGCUACUCGUUACUUGGACUUGUUUACUGAUUAUAUAUCUCUUUAUAACUCUUUGAUGAAGAUAGUAUUCUUGGCAAGUUCUUUCUUGAUUGUUUGGUACAUUAGACAUCACAAGACUGUUCGCAGAUCUUAUGACAAAGACCAAGACACGUUUCGCCAUUAUUUUCUUUUGCUGCCUUGUUUCUUUCUGGCCUUGCUCAUACAUGAGAGGUUUACCUUCAAAGCGGUAAUGUGGACAUUUUCCUUGUACUUGGAAGCAAUUGCCAUACUUCCUCAGCUCGUGUUGUUGCAAAGGACAAGAAACAUUGACAACUUAACUGGCCAAUAUGUUUUGCUCCUCGGAGCAUAUCGAGGACUCUACAUCCUGAACUGGAUCUACCGAUACUUCACUGAACCUCACUUCGUCCACUGGAUAACUUGGAUAUCAGGACUUGUUCAGACAUUGUUAUAUGCUGAUUUCUUCUAUUACUACUUCCAAAGUUGGAAGAACAACUCAAAGCUUGAAUUGCCUGCUUAAGAAACACGAUUAAUGUAUUGUCUCAAUUUCUUGAUUAUUUUUUUCGUAUUGAAUACUUUAAGAAUCAUUAGAAAUGAGUUAGAAGCUUGUUGUUAUAAGUUGUAGAUAGCAGUAGGUCAUUUGUAGUGACUAGUGAUUAACUAAUAACUAUUAACAGUGCCCGAAAACUAAAUGUUGUUAUGUUGAGAAAUGAUUAUAUCAAAUGAUAUUUUGUUA